AAGCAUUUCAUUCCUUUCCCCACACACGCCAUAAUUUACAUUUUUAGGAAUAAAAAUAAAAGCAAAGAAAAAAUAGAAAGCCCCCAGAAAAGAACCUCCGAAAAAUGUUCAUCGAAUUUAAUACACCACCGAGAUAGAGACACACGCACAUGCAAAGCUCACAGAAGAAAACAUUUCACGAUUUUCAUCUUAGAUAGGUUUAGCAAAAAUAAUAAAAAAUAAGACAUUAAAUUUAAGAUAGGAACCCAAAUUGAUUUGGUGUGUUUGGAUUUUCAGCCCUCGUUAAAGUCCUGUUUGACGGGAACAACAAACACACUCACACUGACACCGUUCGUUCAUAGAAAAGAGAACCCAAAAAAAAGGAUAGAAAGAAAACGGAUUAUUAUUCGAAAAAUAAAAUAAAAAGGGAAGUAUUAUGAAAGGUGGUGGUGGAAUCAUAGUAGGAGUAGCAGUCAAGAACAACUGUUGUUGGUUUAUUAUUUUUGUUUUUCGAUUAUUAAUAUUCUUACUAUUGUUUUUUUGGGUCUUUUAUUCUUCUUCGUUGUUCUUUCUUUCAAUUCCUCUUUGCAUGCUACUUUUAUAUUUUUCCUUUUCUUCAUUUAUUUUUGUUGUUAUUUCCAUCCCGGGAUAAUAAUUAUUGUGGCUUUCAAUUCCUUGAUGAUAACGGAAUUUGGGUUCAAGAAAGAGUCAGAGAGAGGGAGAGAGAGGCAUAAAGAAUUAAAGAAAGAACGAAAUUGAUUCUCUUGAGGAACCCUAAUUUGGGUUUCUUGUUCUUUAGCGGGUUUGUGAAUUCUAGGGUUUGUUGAGUGUAGCCAGGAAAGUCUCGAUCUUUGGUCGGUUAUCGUCGAUGGAGGGCGAGGCCGGUUCGGAGGGAGACUAUGAUCGGAAAAGGGGUGGCUCAGAUGAUAAUAGUAAUGACAAUAACAACAACAACAAUGGAAGCAAUAGCAAGGUUGUGAAUUCCAAUGAGGGGCAGAGCAAGCCCAAGCGCCAGAUGAAGACCCCUUUUCAGUUGGAAACCCUCGAGAAAGCUUAUGCUUUGGAUAAUUAUCCUUCGGAGACAAUGAGGGUGGAGCUGUCUGAGAAGUUGGGGUUGUCGGAUCGCCAGCUUCAGAUGUGGUUCUGCCAUAGGAGGUUAAAGGACAAGAAGGACUUGCCGCCCAAGAAACCUCCACGGAAGGCGGCGGUGGAGCCUUUGUUGGAUUCCCCCACGGAUGACCCUGAGAUUGGUCAUGAGUAUGGAUCUGGGUUGCGUUUGGGGUCCAGCCCAUAUGCUCGAACGGAGCCCCAGAAUGCAGUUCCCCGGGGUGUGCCCAGUUAUUACGAGUCCCCGCAGGCUAAGAUGCAGCUUAGAGCAAUUGCUUGUGUAGAGGCACAGUUAGGGGAGCCAUUGAGGGAAGAUGGACCCAUUCUAGGAGUGGAGUUUGAUUCAUUGCCACCAGAUGCAUUUGGUGCACCUAUAGUUACAGAACGGCAGAAGCGACCUAGUUUUGCCUAUGACGGCAAAUUAUAUGAAAGACGUGAUGUUAGAACAAAUAAGGCUAUGGCAAGGACAUUCUGUGAAUAUCAAUUUCAACCGAACCAAUCUGGCAUUAGGUCUGAAGGUUUUGGACAGUCCAGCAGAUCUCAUUUACAUGAUCCAAUGGAGGGUCCUGCCAGAGAUCCCCCACUUUUACUUGGAAAUGAACAGCUAUCUAUAAUUCAUGCUACUGAAGGUCAUUCUUCUCGAGUUCAUCUUUUGUCUCAAGAAGACAAGCAUGGGGUUCCCGAUCAAUCUCAUUCUCAGGAUGAUGAUGAUGCUCCCCAAAGGGAGUUGUACACAAACAAAGCUAAUGUCAGAAUGAACUCCCAAAUUGUUGGACCAGAAAAUCCCAAUGCUUUACCUAAUGGGCAAGCUUUAAAUAACAAUGCAGUGCAGAUUGAGAGGAAGCGAAAGAGUGAUGAUGCCAGAAUUACAAAGGAAGUUGAAUCCCAUGAGAUAAGGAUCCAGAAAAUGCUUGAUAAACAAGAUAACCUUAGACGAAAGAGUGAAGAGCGAAUAAAAAAAGAAAUGGAGAGACAAGAUCGCGAAAGGAGGAGGGAAGAAGAGAGGUUGAUGCGGGAGAGACAGAGAGAAGAGGAAAAAGCAAAACGGGAGCAGAAACGGGAAAUUGAACGAAGGGAAAAACUUUUGGUGAAAGAAAAUUUAAGGGCAGAGAAAAUGAAGAGAAGAGAAGAGCUUCGCAAAGAGAAAGAGGCAGAGAGAAGGAAAGCUGCCCUUGAGAAGGCAACUGCCCGAAGAAUGGCUAAGGAAUCUAUGGAACUUAUGGAGGAUGAACAGCUGGAAAUGAUGGAGUUGGCUGCCUCAAGCAAAGGGUUUUACUCUAUUAUCCAUCUUGAUUUUGAUACUCUGCAAAAUCUUGAGUCAUUUAGGGAUUCAUUGAGUGUUUUCCCACCAAAGAGUGUAAGGCUAAGAAAGCCAUUUGCAGUCAAACCCUGGAUCAACUCAGAAGAGAAUGUUGGCAAUCUUCUCAUGGUUUGGAGAUUUUUUAUUACUUUUGCUGAUGUUCUGGAGUUAUGGCCUUUUACUCUAGAUGAGUUUGUUCAGGCACUUCAUGACUAUGAUUCAAGAUUGCUGGGUGAGAUACAUGUUGCUCUUCUUAAGUUGAUAAUAAAAGACAUUGAAGAUGUUGCAAGGACGCCUACAGGAUUAGGAAUGAGUCAGAAUGGUGCUACUAAUUCUGGAGGUGGCCAUCCAGAGAUUGUGGAAGGGGCAUAUGCUUGGGGAUUUAACAUACGAAAUUGGCAAAUGCACUUAAAUCAAUUGACAUGGCCAGAAAUUUUCCGACAGCUAGCACUAUCUGCAGGAUAUGGACCACAGUUCAAGAAAAGAAGUAUCACCUGGUCAAAAGCAAAUGAUAAAGAUGAGGGAAGAAGUUGUGAAGAUAUCAUUUCUACACUUCGUAAUGGUUCAGCUGCCAAAAAUGCAGUUGCAAAAAUGCAUGAAAAAGGUCUAUUAGCUCCUCGAAAAUCUAGGCACCGGUUAACUCCUGGAACUGUUAAGUUUGCUGCGUUUCAUGUUCUCUCUCUUGAGGGUAACAAGGGGUUGACAGUACUAGAGCUUGCAGAAAAAAUUCAGAAAUCUGGUCUUCGGGACCUAACAACAAGCAAAACACCUGAGGCAUCAAUUUCUGUUGCAUUAACAAGAGAUGCCAAACUUUUUGAAAGGACAGCUCCAUCAACAUAUCGCCUACGUGCUGCAUUUAGAAAGGAUCCUGCUGAUACUGAGUCCAUUCUUUCAGAAGCAAGAAAGAAAAUUCAGAUAUUUGCAAAUGGGUUUCAAGCUGGGGAAGAUGCUGAUGAUGUUGAAAGAGAGGAGUCAGAAAGUGAUGAACUUGAUGAGGACCCUGAAGUUGAUGAUUUGUUAAAUCCACCAAGUGCUAACAAAACAUCUGAACAGUGUGAUGAUUUCUCAUCAAAUGGAAAAGAAAAUUUGGGUUGUAAUGUUGAACUUCAAGAGGAGUUUGAUAAGGAUCUGUCUUGUUUUCCUGAGAGUGGUUCCAAGAAUGCUGAUAGUUCCAGUGCUAUCACUGGACAACCUGGUGCUAGUGAAUAUCUGAAUGCUGGAAAUCUUGGUGAAGAUAAUAAAGAAAUUGAUGAAAGCAAGCCUGGAGAGUCAUGGGUUCAAGGACUUGCAGAAGGAGAAUAUUCUGAUCUUAGUGUAGAGGAGCGUCUAAAUGCUCUUGUUGUAUUGAUUGGUGUGGCAAAUGAAGGAAAUUCAAUCCGUGUUGUUCUUGAGGAUCGUUUGGAAGCAGCAAAUACUCUGAAGAAGCACAAGUGGGCAGAAGCACAGAUAGAUAAAUUUCGUCUAAAAGAUGAUAAUUUCAGUGGGAAUAAAGUUGAAACUCAAUACACAUGUCCUGCUGUGGAGGGAAACAAAAGUCCAUUGCUUGACAUUAAUAUUGGCCACAAUAAUAAUAAUGAGGCAUCACCCAGCACUGCAGAAAAUCAAAAGUUAGCUUCUGUUGUACUGAGCCUGUCUAUUGAGAAGCACUCAUCAGGUCAUGAUCUCUGCAGUGUUCCAGAUAACCUGCAGACUCAGCCAUUUUCACAAUUUUCAAAAAGGUCACGUUCUCAAUUGAAAACUUAUAUUUCCCACAUGGUGGAGAAGAUGUAUGUCUACAGAUCCUUACCCCUGGGGCAAGAUCGCAGACAUAACCGUUAUUGGCAAUUUGCUUCAUCUGCUUCUUCCGAUGAUCCUGGUACUGGCAGAAUCUUUAUUGAAUAUCAUGAUGGCAAUUGGAGGCUCAUUGAUUCUGAGGAGGCCUUUGAUGUGCUUUUGAAUUCACUUGAUUCACGUGGGAUCAGGGAAUCUCAUUUGCGUCUUAUGUUGCAAAAGAUUGAGAGUUCCUUCAAGGAAAAUGUUCGAAAGAAUACCCAAUGUGCCAAAAUUAGAAUCGGAGGUGAAAUUUGUGUUAAAAAUGAAGUUGAUGAAACAGAUUCCAGUCCUGAUUGCCAUACUGGAUCUGACAGUCCUAGCAGUACCCUCUGUGGCUUGAAUUCUGAUACUUCCGAAGCUUCAUCAUCCUUUAAAAUAGAGCUUGGGAAAAGUGAGAGCGACAAGAAAUCUGCGUUUAGAAGGUAUCAAGAUUUUCAAAAAUGGAUGUGGAAAGAAUGCUACAACUCAUCUGUAUUAUCUGCAAUGAAAUAUGGGAAAAAGAGAUGCAAACCUCUGGCUGUCAUCUGUGAUAUCUGUCUCAACCCUUAUUUCUUUGAAGACUCCCAUUGCAAUAGUUGCCACCGGACUUUUCCCUCAAGUAAUGGAUUUAAUUUUUCUGAACAUGCUUUUCAAUGUGGAGACAAGUCAUCAAAAGAUAUUUGUAUUUCGGAUUCUUCUCUUCCCUUGCGAACAAGAUUGGUUAAGGCCCUUCUGGCUUUUAUUGAGGCAUCUGUUCCACCUGAAGCAUUUCAAUCAAUUUGGACAGAAGAUAUUAGGAGGCAUUGGGGUAUGAAAUUGAGCAAAUCAUCUUCUGUUGAAGAACUGCUACAGAUAUUGACCCAAUUUGAGAGAGCAUUAAAACGAGAUUUUUUAUCAUCAACCUUCUCAACCACGGUGGAACUGUUGGGGUUGAGCACUGUGUCAGAGGGCGCUGCGAAUACCACUACUGAUCCUGAAGCAGUUGCUGUACUUCCAUGGGUUCCAAUGACAACUUCAGCUGUGUUACUAAAACUUUUUGAGUUUGAUGCAUCCAUUGUCUACGUUCUGCAUGAUAAGUCUGAGCCUUGUGAGAAGAAAGAUAGAGAAUACAUUAAGCUUCGUUCAAGAUAUAAUCCUUCCAAAUCUAGUAAAGUGGCUGAAGCAGCAGGCUUGGACCAUGAUGAAUUCAUGAACGUUAAAUCUACUCCUGUGAAAAUUGUGCGAAGCAACAAUAAACGUGGUCGGGGGAGUCAUGAUAAUGGACAGGGUAAAAAGCUAUUUAAAACAUUGUAUGGUUCCAAACAAGAUACAGGCCGCCAUAAAGUUAAGGUCACUGAGAAUCUAAGUGAAAGGAUAAAGCAGCAGGGAGGAGGAUCACAAGGACAAGCUGGUGGACGCGGUCGCCGAACAAUCAGGAAAAGAAGAGCAGAGAAAAGGGCUGUUGAAGAUUUGCUGCUGAGCCAUAGGGGUGCUACUCGUAGUUCCAAUACUGUUAUAGAACCACUGAGAAGCUUGGUUGAGGACUCAGAUGAUGAAAAGGCUUGUCUUGUGACUCCCAUCCACAUGGGAGCUGCUGACAUUAAUAACAGUGCUGAAGAAGCUGAAUCUGAUGACAAUGUCCAAGCUGUGGAGUAUGAUAAAGGAAACUGGGAGAUAGGUUUUAAUGGUACCGCCAAUAGAUGGAGUAGGGAUUUGGUUAGAGUGAGUGAUGAUGAUGUGGAAGUUUCUGAAGAUGAUAAUGACAAUGAUAAUGAGAAUAGCAAUGGGGAGAAUGAAGAGGAUGGUUCAGAGGCAGAUUUUAUGAGUGAGGGUUCAAAUGGUGUGGCAAAUGGAGUUGUAGAUGAAGAUAACUCAGACUCUGAUGUCUCUGAAGAUUCUUCUGAUUAGAAUUGAUGAGUAGACAUUAGAGUUUAUUAUCCAUGCAAAAUGGAUCCAUGUCUUUUUAAGCAUUUUGGAACAGGGCCUUCAUGGCAGCCUCAUUUUUUUUUUUUUCUUGAAAUAGAUAUUCAUUAAUUAAUAAAGACUUAUUAUACCUUGAUCUCUUUUGUUCUCUCUUUUCACCAUGUAAAUUUUAGGAUCUUGCUAACCUGUUCUGUGCAUUAAUAAUUCUUCGAACAAUUAAAUGUACAUGUAGCUUCCAAGUUUCAUCACAUGAAGAGAAAUGAAAUGGCCGCAUUUUUGU